GAGAAGUGAGAGCAAGAGAGAAGAGAGGAGAAGAGGAGGCUUCACCUUCCCAACCAAACCCAACCUCGAGCACAAGCGGAGCAGAUGCCGCCGCCGCCGCCGCCGCGCGCGCCGCGCCGCGCCGCCGGGUAGCUCAGCGCAAAAAAGCCACAGCCGCCCGCCCGCCCGAUCCGUUGCAGCAUGGGGCGCGGCGGCUCGCGCGCGGCGUGCGCCGCCGCGGCGCCGCCGUGGCACUCGCUCCCGGACGAGGUCUGGGAGCACGCCUUCUCCUUCCUCCCCGCCGCCGCGGACAGGGGCGCCGCGGCGGGGGCGUGCAGCUCGUGGCUCCGCGCCGAGCGCCGGUCGCGCCGCCGCCUCGCCGUCGCCAACUGCUACGCCGCCGCGCCGCGGGACGCCGUCGAGCGGUUCCCGUCCGUGCGCGCCGCCGAGGUCAAGGGCAAGCCCCACUUCGCCGACUUCGGCCUCGUCCCCCCCGCCUGGGGCGCCGCCGCGGCGCCGUGGAUCGCCGCCGCCGCCGACGGGUGGCCGCUGCUCGAGGAGCUCAGCUUCAAGCGCAUGGUCGUCACCGACGAGUGCCUCGAGAUGAUCGCCGCGUCCUUCAGGAACUUCCAGGUGCUCCGCCUCGUCUCCUGCGACGGCUUCAGCACCGCGGGCCUCGCCGCCAUUGCUGCCGGUUGCAGACACCUAAGAGAACUUGACCUGCAAGAGAACGAGAUUGAGGAUUGUUCUAUUCAUUGGCUCAGCCUCUUCCCGGAAUCGUUCACUUCUCUAGUAACUCUAAACUUUUCAUGCUUAGAGGGGGAGGUCAAUAUCACUGUACUUGAACGGUUAGUGACCAGAUGUCACAACCUGAAGACUCUUAAGCUCAACAAUGCUAUCCCCCUUGACAAGCUUGCUAGCCUCCUUCAUAAGGCUCCUCAGCUAGUUGAACUCGGAACUGGCAAAUUCUCUGCUGAUUACCAUUCCGAUCUGUUUGCAAAGCUGGAGGCGGCGUUUGGAGGUUGUAAAAGCUUGAGAAGGCUUUCUGGGGCUUGGGAUGCUGUUCCAGAUUAUCUGCCAGCAUUCUAUUGUGUAUGUGAAGGCCUCACAUCACUUAAUCUGAGUUAUGCUACUGUGCGAGGUCCUGAGCUCAUCAAAUUCAUUAGUAGAUGCAGAAAUUUGCAACAAUUAUGGGUGAUGGACCUCAUUGAGGAUCAUGGUUUAGCUGUUGUGGCAUCAUCUUGCAAUAAACUUCAAGAGUUGCGGGUCUUCCCUUCUGACCCUUUUGGUGCAGGAUUCUUGACUGAAAGAGGUCUUGUUGAUGUCUCUGCAAGUUGUCCAAUGUUGGAGUCAGUGCUCUACUUCUGCAGACGGAUGACAAAUGAGGCACUUAUUACCAUUGCAAAGAACCGUCCCAACUUCACUUGCUUCCGCCUAUGCAUCCUUGAGCCACACACUCCAGACUACAUCACACGGGAGCCUCUUGAUGCAGGUUUCAGCGCCAUUGUGGAGUCAUGCAGGGGCCUUAGGCGUCUCUCUAUCUCAGGCCUUCUCACAGAUCUUGUGUUUAAAUCCAUUGGGGCACAUGCUGAUCGUCUUGAGAUGCUUUCAAUCGCCUUCGCUGGGAACAGCGACUUGGGCCUGCAUUACAUCCUCUCAGGCUGCAAGAGCCUGAAGAAACUGGAGAUCAGGGACUGCCCAUUUGGUGAUAAGCCAUUGCUGGCGAACGCAGCAAAGCUGGAGACAAUGCGAUCCCUUUGGAUGUCGUCGUGCUUGUUGACCCUGGGCGCAUGCCGACAGCUUGCACGCAAGAUGCCCCGCCUUAGUGUGGAGAUCAUGAACGAUCCUGGAAGGUCAUGCCCCUUGGAUUCGCUUCCGGAUGAAACACCUGUUGAGAAACUGUACGUCUACCGGACGAUCGCAGGUCCAAGGUCCGACACACCAGCCUGCGUCCAGAUUGUGUAGGGGGCAGUAUGUGCGGUAUCGGUAUGCGGGUGUUAUGGAGGUAUUUAUUUUCAAUCUCGAUUAGUACCUUCAAACACCUUCCUCGCAUAACAUAGAAUUGUUUCCUUCCAAGUAGAAAGGCUGAUGGUUGGAUAGACUUGUCAUGAUCUCUACUCGGCUACAAAACUGUUGCAGGUGUAGAAUGAAAAUUCACAGCCUUUUUCAGGUGUUAAUAACUGUAGGAGGAGACUGGAUGAAUUACAGAAAACUACUAGAUAGCAUCAUGAGAAAACUUCGGUUUGUUUUCUUAGCGUGUUUAGCACUUUGUAUGUAUAAAAAUAUGGCAUCCAUUUGUACUGUACUAGUGGAAAAUUUGUAUCUGGAGCUGAGCUUUGUCACUUCUACUUUUUUGACCUAAAUUAUGAAUUGUUGUUGCUUCAGCAUGUUGUGAAUGUUUAAUAAUUAUUGGCCUGUGCUGUUCAUCAUC